AUGCCCCGCAUCACGCUGUGGCCCAGGUGCAGGCAGUGUCAUCCAAACGGGGCCCAAAGCCUGCAGGAGGAGAGAGGAGCAGAAGCGGAGGCGGAAGAGAUUCUGCGCGGCGGCGGGUCGCGUGCCUCGGCGAAGCCCCGACGCCCCCACUCCCGGCAGCGGCCGCCGUCCCCGCCCGCCCCGUCGCGCCGAGCAAACGGGGCUUCCGGAGCGCCCGAAUCGAAGGAACCGUCGGCGUUGGAGGCUCCGGUGGUGUCUUCCGUGGAAGAAACAUCAUUCACUUUUGAAUUUGAGCGAGGAUUUAAAAGGGCAAAGAAGGCAAUGCGGCCGACCAUGGAUGCACCAGGAAGAGAAGACCACAUAAAAGAGGGCUUCUCUAACAAGUCAGAUGCUGUUCCUGCAAAGAAAGAGGCGCCGAAGCAAGUGGAGUUCACCCAUUGCUCACCUGGCAUCGUUGCUAGGCUGAUGGGCCUUGAUACCGUGCCUCGCCCCAAAAAGGUUCUUGACCGGUGCCAGAGUGACAGCCAAGGUAAUCUGCAACAACACUUGUCUGGGUUUGUUCAAGAAGUGGCCUCUGCUUCAUCUGAAGAUCAGCCAUGUAACGUCAGUUCUGAUGAGCUACCGGAAUUGAAGGAUGUUUUUGAGGUGACAGAGAUGGAGAACAUGGUGGUGGAUGAGCUUUUGCAGCCUCGAAAUGAGGAGCAAUAUCUGAGGAACUUGGAGACUGAUCUGGAAUUUGUGAGGCAAAAGUUCUUGGAUGCGAAGCGCCUUGCCACUGAUGAAAGGCAUAGGAACUCUAAGGAGUUCAGUGAAGCACUUGAGAUACUCCACUCCAAAAAGGAUGCUUUCCUUGAAAUCCUUGAGGAGAAUAGAACUGCAGUGUCAGGAUUCUCAGGACACAUCCUUAGUCACAGUGGUUUGCAAUGCUCUCCUCAUACAAAUAAUACUGCUGCUGCAGAAUCGUCUGAGCAGGAAAUCCUUUGCAACAUGGAAGGUGUGUGUGAUGAGAUGUUUGGCAGACCAAAGGAGUUUGAGAAACUCAUCCCUAGUAUGCUGAUCAAAGAAACUUCAGUUGCGUCAGUGGAGCCGUUGGCAUCAAUUGGGUACAAGAGUAAAGGUUCAAGCCAUCGCUCUCAAAUCGUAGUUCUGAAACCAAACCUUCAAAGGAAAAGUUUCACACCUAUUGUGUCAAGCCAAGAAGCAUCAAAAUAUAAGCAGAGGAGGGGUACACAACAUUCAAAGCCUCCGCGCCAUAAUAAACAAUAUUCUCUGCAACAAAAGAAUGAAGUUCUGGAAGGAGAAGAGGGUAUAGCCACACAGAAGCUUAGAAAACAGACAGCUAAAAGUGGCAGCAGGAGGAGACAGUCCAAUGACGAUUAUAACCUUGCUGUGGACACUGAGAGGACAAAAGUUGCUUCUACCUCUCAUGAUGACACCAUGCCCAUUUAUUCAAGCACGAAUUUUGCUGGACCAUUAGUGAGUAGGAAGGCCAGAAAGCACCUCUCUGAAAGAUGGCAAAUGGCCCACCAAUCUGGUUCAGAAAAUUCAAUUCCCAAAGGAAUAACAACAUUAGGUGAAAUGCUCGGACUCUCUGCUGGAGAUGCAACAAAAGAAUCCUCCCACAAAGGAUCAUCAGAUCCAAACUUCAGUCGCUCGAAUGUGAGAGAAGUACCAGCCAGCCCUCUUGGUAUUAGCAGUAAAGAUGGGUGGAAGCCAGGGAUUUACUGUGAAGAUGAAUCAAAGGGUGGUACGUCAAGGAAUUUUCCCAGGUCCAAGUCUCUUCCAGCCUCGGCGACCACCUCUUCAAAAUUAUCAGGCAGAAGGCAGUCGGCACCAACCUGUAGGUUGCCCAUUCUGAAAGAUAUAUUGAAUACACCCACUGACGAAUCUGAAAGUAUACCUGUCAGGAAGAGAUCACAAAUCAGAAAUGCAAAACAGAGAAAUGGAAGCGCAAUUGUUCAUCUAGGAAAGGAAAACAUGCUACCUGAGAAGGAGAUUCAUGUAACUUCGGAAAAAGCAAGGCAUAGCAUCUGCAUCUCUGAUCUGUCUCGAGCAAGCAAUAUAUAUACUGAAAAAUACCAUGAUGACGCUAUCAGAACUGAGGAUCUGCAAAAUUCUUAUUCUGAUGUUCAACAUGAUGACAAGAAAAAUUCGGAAGUUCAUAUGGGGCGGACAUACCAGACACUAUCAACAUCUUUCCCAAAGACAAAAGAAGUUCUAAUGAUUCAGAAUCAGGAUAACAUAGCAUUGGAGGAUGGAAGAAGCCCAUCAGUGGAGAUUGACAUUGCUCAAGUUGACACUCCAGCAACACAAUCGGUGAAUAUUGCAAGUGGCGAGAGUUGUGAAUGCUCAAGUCCAACUACUUCAUCACCACAAAGUUCUGUUGAAGGUACUUCUUAUUCUGGAAUCUUCAAAAGCAUCAACGUUGGUAUUGAAGGACUCAGAGCGCAACUGAAGAUGCUGAAGAUGGAAGACCAAGAUGGCAUCUGUGGAGACUAUUCAGAUACACAGUCAACUGGUGAGUGCAACAAUGUGGACAUCUUAACGUACCAAGCAACAGAAGAGCAGUUACCUAUAUUCAAGGAUGAGGAGGACAGGGAUUUAUGUUAUGUUCAGGACAUGCUUGCAAGCGUGUGUGAAUUACCAGACUACCCAGAAGGUUGGCAAGUGGGCUCAGAUGUGUUUCUUUGGCUUGAAAACAAGUACAGCAAGCUGCUCCUGUGGUCGAAAUCGGAAAGGAAACUUCUAUUUGAUCUUGUAAACUCUAUCUUGGCUGACAUGACAACUCCUGACAACAGUUUGCAUUCAAAGGUUAUGAUGAAGUACUGGCCUGAAAUAGAUCACGAACAGUUAGCUGAAAACGUCUGGCAAGUGGUGAAGAAGCGCAGUAACUAUGAGCACUUUGCUUUGGAGGAUGUUGAGCCUUUGCCACUGGAUCAUCGUUCUGAGUUAGAAGUGACUGGAAUGAAGAUUGCCAGGAUGAUCCAUGAUGAUAUCAUAAAAGAUUCUAUUGCCGAAUUUAUGUCGCAGGAGAACUACCUUGUUAGUAACUGAAGUUUAGGGUAGUAGUAGUAGUUAGAGUUGUUGACCUAAUGAAUAGCAUAACCUGCUGCAAACCACUAGUUUGCGAGAUGGUUUACUAUAUAAUACUAUGUGGGGGCAACAUUUGAUUGCCUUGAAUGUGGAUCCUUAUAAAAAUAUGUAGAGCUAUGGGAUCAAUGCACCUCUGGGUCCAAA